AUGAUUCGAAACGAAUUUCCUCAAACAAAAUCUGCUGCAAAACUUGGAUAUGUUACAGGUGUCGAACCUCUUCUGCCAACAGCAUUGGAUCCUAAAGAUGUGUUAUUCAUUGUAAUGGGCAGCGUAAAAUAUGUUCAUAAGGCCAAGCUUCUCACAGAAACAUGGUUGCAGUGGACACAAGGAAACUUUUUCAUCUUUGCUGAUGCUGCCAAUGCCAGUAUUCCUUUAAUAACUUUGCCUAGACUUGAAAAAAAACCUUCUAGAGCCGAUGCACAGCAUCGACAACUGUUAGGAUCACAAUGGUUAAUUAGGAACAAGUCUCAAUUGGUUAAGAGGAUAAAAUGGUUUGUGUUUGCAGAUGACGAUACGUGGAUUAACGUGCCGGCCCUUCUAUCCUAUCUUCAAUUCUUUGAUCAUCGGCUGCUAUUGUCGAUUGGAUAUAUUGCAGACGAUAUAUGGGUGAGAAGAUGGGCCUACUGUUCUGGAGGUAGUGGUGUUGUCUUUUCGCAAACUGCAUUCAUGUCAACUAUGCCUGCAAUUUAUACGGAAGAAUGUCCGUUCCGAUCAUUGAAUGAUAUCACGUUCAUGCACUGCCAAAAAAAGAAAGGAGUGACUAAAAUUCAUUCGGAUCGAUUCUUUUAUGACAAUGCACAUAUCGUCAGAGGGGUCCAUUAUCUCACACCCGUUUCUUACGUUGGAAAAUUGACUCUUCACUACAUUAAUAAUGCCACGAUUGCUAGAAGAAUGACGUGUGAUGUCGCUGCUUAUUGGAAAUGGCCGAUAAAAGGAUGCGACGGUGUCAAGCGAGAUGACAUGCCCCAUCUGCGUGUGUAACAGACGAAUACUACCAAUAAGAUCAACGACUAGAACAGACAAAUAUUCGUAUAUAUAUGUAAAUUUUUUCAGAAUAUAAAUGUGCCUGAAAGCAUUUUUAGAAAAGGUUUGGAGAAAAUGCGUCUACAUGCAUCAGAUGUUUCAUUUUAGCUGCGUUUCAAUGCGUCUAAUUUGCGUUUGGUUCUUACAUGGCUGAUACAUCUCUAUAAAUGUCUUAUCAUAAUGAAGAAAAAACUGACAGUUCAUCAGAAGGUAAUUCACUCGUCGUUAGAUUGAAAAAGAGAAUGAAACAGAACAUGAGUGGGUGUGUGAAAACUACUAUCUAAAGUACGACUUCGACAAGAAUCGCAGAUUCUUCAUUAGGGAAAAGUCGAUUUUUUUUCAGACUUGAGAAUAUCAAAGCAGUCGACUUGAAAUAUAAUACCAAGCUAAAACCUGAAAUAAUAUAAGCCAAAAAUUCAAAGUACAAACGUCUGAAAACUCUAAGAAAUCAACAGUUGAACAGUAGAGCUCAUCAUUCAUCGAUUCUAACACGGAAAUACUAUUAAAACUUUUGUAAAUUUUCGAUUGAUCUUAUCGAUUGCUUUUCAGACAGUUUGACUGGUUUUAUGUCAGGGAAAGAAAGCAUUGUUUCGAAACGGACUCUAUGACACUUCUUCUUCCUGCUGGUUCACAGACUAUCCAAUAGGAAACCAAAAGCAAUUCUUAAGUUUCUUCCGUGGCUUGUUUCGUAUCCUUUUCACUUUAAUUUUCACUAUUAUUUUGGGUGCGGUCAACUAAACUUUGAAGAACUAUUAUAAUAUCGAAUAGAGAUUAAUUAAGAGAUGUUAUCUUAAAAAAUUAAAGAUUUUGUGUGCAUCGAAGAAUAUGGAGAAUUACAGAUUUCGAUUUCAUUUAUAUCGAAAGAUACCUCACAUGGUGUCAUAUCCGAAUCCAUAAAUUUCAUUAUCGAAAAUUACCUUCUAACAUCUCUGAGUCGAAAACUCGAGAGAAGAGAAUUUAUUGAAAAUAUUAGAACAACAGAAACAAGGUUGCAAGAUCUCUACUCAUGCAUUUUCUGUAUAAGAGCAUGAUUUAAAUCUCGCCGACACUGGUCAAUCGUAUAUGCUAUUAGUAGUGUCUAGUAAAGCUACCAAAGAAGAUAAAAAAGAACAAAAUAAAAUCAUGCGCGUAUUGUAGCUAUGAUUUUAUUUGUCAUAAUCAAAUAAAACUAUGACGCACAGAAGAAUAAAACGGAUACUUAAUGUUUCCAAUACUCAGAAUUCUGUAGCAUAUUCAUCCUUGAAAAAGUAUGAAGAGUACAAUUAAAAAUAUAAAUCUUGCUCUUCUUUCAAUAUAAUCCCAGGAGAAUUUCAGGAAAUACAGUUUUAUCACAAGUAGCGCCCAUCUUGCGGAUUCGCUGACUGUUUUUUGAAAGAAUGCCAUUUUAUUCUGAAUAGGAAACAGCUCACCAUGGUCUAACAAGACUUUGCCCUGAAGAAAAGUUUCUUUUUUUUAAGUAAUUGAGUCGAUCAAAAACUGUUUUGCAUAAAUAAAAGAAAUAUUUUCUGUGAGCAGAUAUGUGUAUUUAUUUGUCACCUUGUUUUAGAACUCAUCUGAAGAAUAAUACUAAUUAGAUGAUUAUUGACAUUGAAUAAUGUCAAAAUCAAGUCUUUAAGUAAAAGAAACUCAACAAUGUAAUAAUAUACUUACUUAGAGCUCUAAUAGAAUAAAUCAAUUUGAACUUAUUGAUAGAUAAACGAAGAACUAAAUUCAGUCGCAACGAUUUCAGAAGAAAUGAUACAAACCUAUGACCUACAAUAUAAAUAACGAGGAUGUGGGUGGAUGUGUCGCUUGGACUGUUUCGACACUCACAUCACACUCACCCUCGAAUUCAAAGCAAGUAUAAUUUUGAUCACUCUCAUGCAUGUAAUCAAUCUUGGUAACGGAAUGUUUUUCAUGCUUACGCUUCUCAGACCAAAUCCUCGCU